GGGGCAUUCUUUGGAGGUCUUCCUGGUCUCAAUCUGACUUGACCACCUUCAUUUGACGACGUCCUUUGUUCUCAUCAUCCAGGUGACGUAACAAAUUACAAACGAAGUGUUGCUUCCAGUCGCCACUAGAAUCUCAGAUUCAUUUUUGCACUCGUCUAGAUAUUUCAUCGAAAAGAAUUUACCGCCGCCAUGGACCGCAUCAAGGAGAAAAUGAACCAGCUCCGGCUGGAGGCCGACGAGUCCAACGCCAAGGUCGAGGAACUCCAGUCCAAGGUCAAGCUACUAGAGCAGGAGAAUCUCAGCAAGGAGCAGGAGAUCACCUCGCUCCAGCACAAGAACGGUGUCUUGGAGGGCGAGCUUGAGAAGCUCGAGGAGAAUGUCAAGAACCUGAAGAAGAUGGCAGACGAAAAUGUCAGUGCCGGUACCCAGAAUGAAAAUCUGGCCCGCAGGCUGCAACUGCUUGAGGACGAGGCCGAGGAGGCGGACAAGACCCUGCGGGAAGCUAACGAGAAGCUCCGACAAACGGACGUCAAGGCCGGCCACUUCGAGCGCAAAGUACAGGCCCUGGAGGCGGAAAGGGACAGUUGGGAGACGAAGUACGAGGAGAUGGCCAAGAAGUAUGCCUCGACACAGAAGGAGUUGGAAGACCUCCUGGCCGAGGUUGGAAACAUCUAAGACUUUCCCAUUGGGUGGAAAAAGACUUGCUUUCGUGUCAGCUGGAACCUUCGUUGAGCAUUUGUGUUCUGCUCUUAUACCUUGUCUUACUUUCGCACGUUCAUCAAUCAUUCAGGUCACUCGAACGCACAGUUUCGACCGGUCUUUUCUGUCCGAAUCAACGAUACAUUCACGAGACCUCACUUAACACAUUGUGCAUCACACCGCUGUGGUAGAGAAUUAGACUGGCUUACGCCCUAGGUACCUAUGAUAGCCCCUAUCCUGCACCUGCAAAUUUCUUGGCCCUUCGCUUGCUUUCCGUCAACCGCCUCUCAAACUUGGUUUCGUA